AUGAGAACUAUGAGAACAUUGAGUACUAUGACAACAAUGAGAACAUCAACACCGACAACAAUAAGAACAUUGAGAACACCGAGAGCUAUGACAACAAUGGGAAGUGUGAUAACAUUGAGUAUUAUGACAACAAUUAGGACUAUGAGAACAUUGGGUACUAUGACAAAAACAAGAACUAUGAGAAGACUGAGUGCUAUGACAACAACGAGAAUUGUGAGAACAAUGAAUACUAUGACAACAACGAGAACCAUGAGAACAGUGAGCAGUCUGACAAGAAUGUGA